CGAUUGUUUUGAUGGUUUAACUGGACUGAACCCACAUUGCUACAAAACACAAACAACCUUAAUAAAAUGUUCCAUUGUUUUCACCCUUUUACAUCUACCUAGUAGUCUUUCUUUUCUUUCAUCAUAUACACUAGAAAGUAGAAUCUAGAAAAGAAAACAUGAGUGCAUUUGAUUCAGAAUGUAGUAGUGGAUGUGAGUCAGGUUGGACUCUAUACCUUGAACACUCUUUUGGAGGAGGGUAUUAUGGGGAACACAAAGAUAAAAUAGUCACAAAUGACUAUUCUGAAGGUGUUGAAGAUUUGUCUAUGAUUUCUGAUGCUUCUUCUGGACCUCCACAAUAUCUUCCAUUUGAUGAUGAUGCUAAUUACUUCAAUCAAAAAAACAAUGCUUGCUUUUAUUCAGAAUCCAACUUAGUGAAACAGAACAAGAGUGCUUCAAAGAAACAGAAUGUUAAAGACAAAAAUAAACAACAACUUCAAGUUGAAGAUCAACAACAUCUUCCUUCUUUUCUUCAUGAUACUGCUAGCUCUCAUGUCUUUGACUUUUCCACUAACAAUGAUGUUGGGACAAAUCAACAAACGUAUAAAGAGAGUAUGGUAGAUUAUUCACAAGGUUUUUCAGCAACUAAUUAUUUUGAGGGAAGAUCCUCAUAUCAAGAACAACACUUUGGUUAUUUACAACCAUCUUUAUCGAAAAAUGAAAUUCAAGGCAACAAAUGGUAUGGAGGGAAAGGAAUGGGAAUGAGGGGAAGAAGAUGUUAGUUUUAUUAAUGGCUGCCUCUGCUAUUGAAGAUGUUGCAGUGGAAUUAUUCAAGAUUAAUGGAAAGAGAGUUAUUAUGGUGUAAAAGGAAUUUAAUGCUUCUUUUUCUCUUUUUACUUUUGUCAAUGCAAUGGGAAACAACCUGAAAGGGCAUGUUAGUCAUUUUAUUUUUUUUUGCUUUACAAAAUUUUAUUUUCUUGUUAGUGAAUCACGAUUAGAAGCUAAAUUAGUAAGUUAGAUUUUGUAUAAGUAUGUUAACUACUCCUUGUUAUUUUGA